AUGUGGCAGCUUUUAGCAGCAGUGUGCUGGGUACUUCUUCUUGGACCUAUAUGUGGUUAUGACGAGAAAAGAAGUAACACAAAUCCUGAAGCUAAUAUGAACAUUAGCCAGAUUAUUUCCUAUUGGGGUUAUCCUUAUGAAAAAUAUGAUAUUGUGACAAAGGAUGGUUAUAUCCUUGGAACGUACAGGAUUCCUUAUGGAAGAAGAUGCCCAGAGAAAACAGCUCCAAAGCCUGUUGUAUAUUUGCAGCAUGGCUUAAUAGCAUCUGCCAGUGACUGGAUUUGCAAUCCACCCGACAACAGCUUGGCUUUCCUUCUGGCAGAUAAUUGUUAUGAUGUAUGGUUGGGAAACAGCCGAGGAAACACCUGGUCCAGAAAACACCUGAAAUUGUCACCCAGAUCAUCAGAAUUCUGGGCCUUUGGUUUGGAUGAGAUGGCUAAAUAUGACCUUCCAGCCACUAUUGAUUUAAUCAUAGAGAAAACUGGACAAGAGCAACUCUGCUAUGUGGGCUACUCCCAGGGGACCACCAUAGCUUUCAUGGCAUUUUCUACAAAUCCAGAACUGGCAAAAAGGAUCCAGAUAUUUUUUGCACUGGCACCAGUUGUCACUGUGAAAUACACUCAAAAUCCUUUGAAAAAACUUACAAAUCUUCCCAGGGAAGUCAUCAAGGUAUUGUUUGGUGACAAAAUGUUCUCCCCUUACACAUCAUUUAACCACUUCCUUGCCACCAAAGUGUGCGGUAAGAAGAUAUUCCAUCCUGUGUGCAGCAAGUUCCUAUUUACUCUAACUGGACUUGAUUCAAGAAACUUAAACAUGAGUCGCUUGGAUGUUUAUUUGUCACAGAAACCUGCAGGAACGUCUGUACAGACCAUGCUGCACUGGGCCCAGAUUUUUAAUUCUGAUCGUCUCCAAGCUUUUGAUUGGGGAAAUCGUGGUCAGAACAUGAUGCACUUCCACCAGCUUACACCUCCUUUAUAUAACAUUACUAAGAUGAAAGUUCCAACAGCAAUAUGGAGUGGAGGACAGGAUAUUGUGGCUGAUCCUAAGGACAUGGAAAAUUUGCUUCCUAAAGUUGCCAACCUUAUUUUUUACAAAGUGAUUCCGCACUACAAUCACAUGGAUUUUUACCUUGGACAGGAUGUACACCAAGAAGUUUACCAAGAUAUAAUUAGAUUGAUGAAACACCAUUUAUAA